GAAGGCGGGAUUACAGUAGUUUGAAAAUAGAUCGUGGUGUAGGUUUUUUUUUUUAAUUUGUAUUGCAAAGUAAAGCUUAUCAAGAACGCAAUGGCUGGCGGAAAAGCUGGGAAGGACUCUGGAAAGACCAAGACAAAGUCGGUUUCCCGCUCUCAGAGAGCAGGUCUGCAGUUCCCUGUGGGUCGAAUUCACAGGCAUUUGAAAUCAAGGACUACAAGCCACGGUCGCGUAGGCGCUACAGCGGCCGUCUACAGUGCAGCCAUCCUGGAGUAUCUCACUGCCGAGGUUUUGGAAUUGGCAGGAAAUGCAUCUAAAGAUUUGAAAGUGAAGCGUAUCACUCCUCGCCACUUGCAGCUUGCUAUUAGAGGAGAUGAGGAGUUGGACUCGCUUAUCAAGGCAACAAUUGCCGGUGGUGGUGUCAUUCCUCACAUUCACAAAUCGCUGAUUGGCAAAAAGGGACAACAGAAGACUGUAUAAAGAACAAACUGGUUUUAUUGGUUGAGCUGUCUCUGGAAGUUUGUUUUAAAGUGGGUGGGAGAAGUGUUGUGCUUUGUAAUUUUUUUUUUUGUGUGUUGAGCUGUACAUCUACUCAUUUCUGGGGUAUAUAAAUAAGUGUGGCUUCAAAGAAGCUUGAUUAAACUGUGGUAGAUUAUGGUAUGUGUUUGUUCUGUGUACAUUAUUUUACACUCGAUACCUGAUUGAAUGUUACAUUCAAUUCAAAUCCAUGUUUUUGUUCUAAUUUGUAUCCUGGACAAACGCUCAAUAAAUGUUUUAAACAUAGUGGGGUUUGGUGUUUGUUUUUUAUUUAUUUUAAUACUGAUGUGUUUGUCUAAAAGCAGAUUUAUAAAAGGCAGAAACACUGGACUUUUUGUUCCAAUUGGUGAACCCCUUUUUAAUAUGAAUAUUUGUGUGUCAUGCUCAUGCAUUGUGGUUUUCUUACUUCUAACAAAAUGUUCCAUGAUGUACAUCCCAGCUUGUGUAGAUUAAAGUUGUUUGCCCUGA